AUGUCCGAUGAAGUGUCUCCCUACAAAGCAAUUGUUCUCGACCUGAACGGGGUCCUCCUCUCGUAUGGUAAUGCAGCCUUUGUGAGCCCUCUCAAGCUCAGACAUAUUAAGAACAUCUUUGACUCGCCAACAUGGUAUGAAUACGAGUGCGGUCGGUCGUCCCGCAAAGAAUGCUACAGCACUGUCGCCUCCGAGUUUGGCCUAGAUGUCGACACGUGGACCCAGACGCUGGACCAACUUACAGAGGACGACGUUAAGAUCUAUGGCAUGACCACCGUCCUCCCCAAGCUAUACCACCUAUCCCAUGGCCGCCUUGUCUACCACAUCAAGGAAAUCCACACGCAUCAUGGCCCGGUAGUUCGCAUCGCGCCCAAUGAGCUCCCAUCCACCGAUCCUCAAGCAUGGCGUGAUAUCUUCUCUCACGGUAAGCAUAAAGGCCUAUCGCCCGACAUAGCAUUUUACAACCCUUACAACGAUCAACCACCAUCCAUUAUUAGCUCUUCAGACGACGCCCACCAUGAGCUCAGGAAGCGACUCAGCGGGGGGUUCAGCGAAAUGGCAAUGAGAGCCCAGGAGGGACUCAUCGGAGGCUACGUUGAUCUCCUUAUGCGGAGACUUCGAGAGAAUAGCGUCGAUUCCUCAGGGAGGCCUCAGAGUGUCAAUAUGCGUGACUGA